GGGGGAGGCUCGUCCCUCACCGUCUCCCUGCCCGCCGCCCUCCAGCCGCACCAGCCCUUCCAGAUCAUCGUCCGCUACACCACGGCCGACGGCCCCGCCAUCUGGUGGCUGGAUCCAGAGCUGACAUACGGCAAUGCCAAGCCCUUUGUCUUCACACAGGGACACUCGGUGUGUAACCGCUCCUUCUUCCCCUGCUUUGACACCCCUGCAGUCAAAUGCACCUACUCAGCUACUGUCAAGGCUCCAGCAGGCAUACAGGUGUUGAUGAGUGCCACCCAAAGCUCCUACCUAGAAGAGGAAGGUGUUUAUCAAUUUUACAUGGAAUAUCCAGUUCCUGCCUACCUAGUGGCCUUGGUGGCUGGAGACCUUAUACAUGCAGACAUAGGUCCAAGGAGCAGAGUGUGGGCAGAGCCUUGCCUGCUGCCAACAGCCAUCAGCAAGCUUUCUGGCAUUGUUGAACGCUGGUUGACUGCUGCAGAGAGUCUGUAUGGCCCCUAUAUAUGGGGAAGAUAUGACAUCGUUUUUCUUCCUCCAUCCUUCCCUAUUGUUGCCAUGGAAAACCCAUGCCUGACCUUCAUCAUCUCUUCCAUUCUGGAGAGCGAUGAGUUUUUGAUCAUUGAUGUCAUCCACGAAGUUGCCCACAGCUGGUUUGGGAACGCGGUCACCAACGCCACGUGGGAGGAGAUGUGGCUGAGCGAGGGCCUGGCCACCUACGCGCAGCGCCGCAUCACCACCGAGACCUACGGAGCUGCCUUCACUUGUUUGGAGACUGCAUUCCGCCUCGAUGCUCUCCACAGACAGAUGAAGCUCCUUGGAGAAGACAACCCGGUCAGCAAGCUUCAGGUUAAACUGGAGCCAGGUGUAAAUCCCAGUAAUUUAAUGAACCUCUUCACCUAUGAGAAAGGCUACUGCUUUGUUUACUACCUGUCCCAGCUCUGUGGAGACCCCAGACACUUUGACUCCUUCCUAAGAGCCUACAUUGAGAAGUAUAAAUUUACCAGCGUUGUGGCUCAAGAUCUUCUGGAUUCCUUCCUGAAUUUUUUUCCAGAGCUGAAAGAGCAAUGUGUUGAGAGCAAAGCAGGACUGGAGUUUGAACGUUGGCUCAAUGCUACAGGACCUCCGUUAGCUGAGCCAGACUUAUCUCAGGGAUCCAGUCUGACCAGACCAGUGGAGACACUCUUCAAACUCUGGACCACAGAGCCUCUGGACUCUGUUGCUGCUGCCAGCAGCGUUGACCUCACUAAAUGGAGAACGUUCCAAACUGUGCUUUUCCUGGACAGAUUGCUGGAUGGAUCACCACUGCCACAUGAGGUGAUAAAAAAGCUCUCGGAAUGUUACUCCUCUCAGCUGGACUCCAUGAAUGCAGAAAUCCGUAUCCGCUGGUUGCAGAUUGUAGUCCGAAAUGACUAUUAUCCAGACCUUUACAAAGUCCGUCGCUUCUUGGAAAACCAGAUGUCUCGGAUGUACACAAUUCCACUUUAUGAGGACCUUUGCACUGGCACCCUCAAGUCUUUUGCCUUAGAAAUUUUUUACCAGACCCAGAACCAGCUGCACCCCAAUUUGCGGAAAACGAUCCAACAGAUCUUAUCCCAGGGCUUGAAUCCACUUCCUGCCAUAGACACUACAGCAGUCACUACAGACACACCAGCAAUGGUGCUUGAGGACAAAGUCUCAGAGGCCACAAAUGGUGCCAUUUCACUCAGGGAUGUCAACGUGUCUGCUUAGAUCACCAGUUCAUGCCAGCCACAAAGCUUGAAAAUGGGGACAGGAACAGAGGAAGGAUACCAAGCGUUGCCUCCUUUCCUUCAGCCUUGCAGCUGCAGUGUGUUGUAACUGGAUUUCUCUCCCAAAACACAAUGCAAACGUGCCUUCAAGUUACCAGCAUGUGAUACUGCCAGGUUUCAGAGAUCUCCGCCAGCUGUGUGAUGAAUAUUGUGAUUCAGUUUUUACUGGGCAGGGACUCCUGGGCUGUUGCUUCUCCAUGGAAAGUGGAUAGUUCCCUUUCCUGAGGCUCUUCUGGAUGGUUUCCUUGGAUUUGUUGUUUGGGGGGGUGGGGGUAGAGGGGGUUCUUUUCCUUAUUUUUUUUUUUUGUCUGAGGCCACUGAGGCAUGUUCUACUUGCUGCGUGUAUGUUGCUGGGGAGUGUGUAUGUGUCAAGCUGUCAUUGUCCUAAUAUUUGGGCUAAAGUUCUGCAAAGGAGAGACUCAGGAAUUGUUAGUGGCAGCAAACAUGUUUUCAUGUUAUGCUCCUUCCUGUGACAGAGGUAUUGUGAUUUGGGAGGAAGGAGGCUAAUGCUUAAAUGAGAAACUAAUUUUAAAUAGCUCCUGUUCCCCCCUGCCCAUAGGUGGCUAAA